AUGCUGGAGGAGAACAUUGUUACUUAUGUUAAAGAGGAGCUGAAGGAGCUCCAGGAGGUUCUCUGUACAAAUGAGGCAGACUGCGUGGACAGACAGCGUGAGGAUGAGGAGGUCCCGGGUGAGGAUGAGGAGGUCCCAGGUGAGGAUGAGGAACAGAGGAGGAGCAGCAGAGAAGCUGUUGUGACACUUGCAGUGCGCUUCCUGAGGAGAAUGAAGCAGGACCAUCUGGCUGAUGUGCUGCAGAACAUUCUUGCAGGAACUCUGAGGUUCGCUGAGGUUUGUCAGGAUAAACUCAAGUUGAAUGUAAAGCAGACGUUUGAGCGUGUGUUUGAGGGGAUCUCUAAGGCUGGAAAGGCGACUCUUCUGAAGGAGAUCUACACAGAGCUCUACAUCACAGAGGGCGGGGCUUCAGAGGUCAACGAGGACAUGAUCAGACAGAUCGAAGCAGCAUCCAGGAAAACAGACACACCACAAAGAACCAUCACAUGUGAAGACAUCUUUAAAGGCUCAGUUGACACACAGCCACCAAUCAGAGCGGUGCUGACAAAGGGCGUGGCCGGCAUCGGAAAAACAGUCUUAACACAGAAGUGGACUCUGGACUGGGCUGAAGGACGAACCAACCAGGACUUCCACUUCAUAUUUCCAUUCACUUUCAGAGAGCUGAAUGUGCUGAUAGAGAAGUUGUUCAGCUUGGUGGAACUUGUUCAUCACUUCUUUCCUGAAACCAAAGAAGCAGGAAUCUGCAGCUUCCAACACUUACAGGUCUUGAUCAUCUUGGACGGUCUGGAUGAAUGUCGCCUCCCUCUGGACUUCCACAGCAAUGACAUCCUGACUGAUGUCACAGAGUCGAGCUCAGUGGAUGUUCUGCUGACAAACCUCAUCAGGAAGAACCUGUUUCCCUCUGCUCGCCUCUGGAUCACCACACGACCUGCAGCAGCCAAUCAGAUCCCUCCUGAGUGUGUGGACAUGGUGACAGAGGUCAGAGGCUUCACUGACCCUCAGAAGGAGGACUACUUCAGGAAGAGAUUCAGAGAGGAGGAACAGUCCAGAAGAAUCAUCUCCUACAUGAAGACAUCACGAAGCCUCCACAUCAUGUGUCACAUCCCAGUCUUCUGCUGGAUCACUGCUACAGUUCUGGAGGACGUGUUGGACACCAGAGACACACCAGAGCUGCCAGAGACCCUGACUGAGAUGUACAUCUACUUCCUGGUGGUUCAGUCCAAAGUGAAGAAGGUCAAGUAUGAUGGAGGAGCUGAGGCAGAUCCACUGUGGAAUCCAGAGAACAGAGAGAUGAUUGUGUCUCUGGGAAAACUGGCUUUUGAGCAGCUGCAGAAAGGGAACCUGAUCUUCUAUGAAGAGGACCUGACAGAGUGUGGCAUCAAUAUCAGAGCAGCCUCAGUGUACUCAGGAGUCUUCACACAGAUCUUUAAAGAGGAGAGAGGACUCUACCAGGACAGGGUCUUCUGCUUCGUCCAUCUGAGUGUUCAGGAGUUUCUGGCUGCUCUUUAUGUCCAUCUGACCUUCAUCCAGUCUGGAGUCAAUCUGCUGUCAGAAAAACAAAAAAAAUCCAAAAAGAUUAAAAUAGUUAAACCUAAAUUACAGCGUCUCCAUCAGAGUGCUGUGGACGAGGCCUUACAGAGUCCAAAUGGACAUCUGGACUUGUUCCUGCGCUUCCUUCUGGGUCUGUCCCUGAAGACCAAUCAGACUCCCCUACGAGGCCUGAUGUCACAGACAGACAGAACCUCAUCAACCAAUCAUGAAACAGUGGAGUUCAUCAAGAAGAAGCUCGAUGAGACUCUCUCAGGAGAGCGAAGCGUCAAUCUGUUCUACUGUCUGAAUGAACUCAAGGAUCGUUCUCUCGUGGAUCAGAUCCAAAAGUACCUAAGAUCAGGAAGUCUGGGCAGAAAGAAUCUGUCUCCUGCUCAUUGGUCGGCUCUGGUCUUCAUCUUACUGUCAUCUGAAAGCAAUCUGGAGGUGUUUGACCUGAAGAAAUACUCUGCUUCACACGAGGUGCUCCUGAGGCUGCUGCCAGUGAUCAAAGCUUCUCAGAAAGCUUCGUUAUCAGACUGUAAUCUGUCAGGGAGGAGCUGUGAAGUUCUGUCAUCAGUUCUCAGUUCUCAGCCCUCCAGUCUGAGAAAACUGGACCUGGGCAACAAUGAGCUGCAGGAUUCAGGACUGAAGCUUCUGUCUGUGGGACUGGAGAGUCCACGCUGUCACCUGCAAAAACUCAGGCUGUCAGGCUGUCUGAUCACACAUGAAGGCUGUGCUUCUCUGGCCUCAGCUCUGACCUCCAACCCCUCCCACCUGAGAGAGCUGGACCUGAGCUACAACCAUCCAGGAGACUCGGUGAGGCUGCUCUCUGCUGGACUGGAGGAUCCACACUGGACUCUGGCUUCUCUCAGUGUGGAUCCGCGGGGAGCCCGAUGGUUGAGACCAGGUCUGACGAAGUAUUUCUAUGAACUCACUCUGGAUCCAAACACAGCGAACAAAAACCUCAAACUUUCCGACAACAACGCAAAGGGGGAGCGUGUGAAAAAGGAUCAGUCCUAUCCCAGCCAUCCAGAGCGAUUUGAUCUUUGCCCUCAGGUCCUAUGUUCACCUGGUCUGAGUGGCCGUUGUUACUGGGAGGUGGAAUGGAGAGGAAAUGUUUCAGUAGCUGUGACUUACAGAGGGAUCAGAAGAAAAGGAGAAAGCAAAGACUGCUGGCUUGGAUUAAAUGAUCGGUCCUGGAGGCUGGACUGCUUUGAUCAUGGUUACUCUGUCUGUCACGCCAACAAGCGAACAGAGUUUCGUUGUGGCUGUUUGUCCUCUCACAGAGUCUCAGUGUAUUUGGAUCAUGCUGCUGGCACUCUGUCCUUUUAUGAAGUCUUCUCUCAUGCUCUGGUCCACAUCCACACCUUCUACUCCACAUUCACCGAACCUCUGUAUGCUGGGUUUGGGUUUUGGUUUGGGUUUGAUUUUGGAAAUUCACUGUCUCUGUGUCAGCUGUAGGAUGGA